AUGGCCAAGUGGGGCGAAGGGGAUCCACGAUGGAUCGUCGAGGAGCGAGCCGAUGCCACGAACGUCAACAACUGGCAUUGGAGUGAGAAGAACGCUACGCCCUGGUCCAAGAAGCGCCUCGGCGAACUCCUCGAAAACCAGGCGCUCACGGACGGAGCCCUCGUCGUCUCGUUCGGGACGUUCAAGAAGAUCGAGGGCGAAGCGACCGCCAACAACCGCAAGGCCAAGCUGAUCUUCCUCUACGAAUGGCAGCUGGAGCUCAAUUUUACCGCUAAAGUCGGCGAGUCGAUUGAAUACAAGGGCCACAUCGAAAUUCCCAACCUGUCCGACGAGAAUGAGGCCGAUGAAGUCGAGUUGAACACUCAUAUCGAGACGAAAGGCCCCAACGAUGCGCAGAUUCGCCACUCCUUAGCCCAUAAAGGUUUGGAACACAUCCGAUCGCUGCUCGCAAUUUAUAUUCGUGAACUGAAAGAGGAGUUCAGCCGGGGCAUCAUCCUCCCCUCCGACAAAGUGAAACCACAAGUUGUUGUCAAGGAGCGGACCGUGGACAAGAGCGCCUUCCAAAAUACCGUUAUUGCUGAGAAUAAGCCGACCGUUUCCGCUGACGCUGGUCCUGUCAAGACCGAACGAGUCGCCGCCACUGAAGUUUUUCGGGUGCCGCCUAGCCGGCUUUAUGAAUGUCUUUCGGAUCCAGCGCUCGUGAAGGCCUGGGCUAACCCUACGAAAUGGGAUUUCAAGGUUGACGGUGAAUUCGCUUGUUUCGGCGGAAGCGUCACCGGCAGCUUCCUUUCAAUUAUUCCUAACGAGACGAUCGGUAUGAAGUGGCGCCUCAAGUCUUUCCCCGAAGGUCAUUAUGCAAUUGUAAAGUUCAACUUGAAGGAUUUGGCCGACUCCACCGAGCUUGAAAUCGACGCCGGAUUCGUGCCCGUCUCGCAGUUGGAGCAAACGAAGCAAGGAUUCGAGCGCUAUUACCUCAUCAACCUCGGGCGCACCUUCGGCUUUUCUAGUCGCAUUUUU